ACAGGAGCAACUAGCAAGACACAGUUCAAUCAUAGAAAAGAGAGAACACAAAGUGGAGAAUUCAAUUCCUUCCCAACAUCAAGGACCAAGGAGAUCAAAAAUCUGUUGAAAUUUUUGCCAGUUUGGUGUGGUGGAGGAAAGGGAAGCAAGAAAUCCAACUGGGUAUGGGCAUAAAACCAAUACAAGAGAGAUGACAUGGUGCAAUGACCCCAACGACGAUAGAGCUGUCCAAAUAAUCCCAACUUCUUCGACAGAAAACACUGUAAUUAACCCUAAAGAGGAUGAAGUUACGGUCAUAACCUGCCCUUCAUGUGGCCAUAGCAUGGAACUCCUAGAUCAGAAGGGAAUUCAUGAUUUGCCGGGACUGCCUGCUGGAGUGAAGUUUGAUCCAUCAGACCAAGAAAUUCUUGAACAUCUAAAUGCAAAGGUGCAGUCUGAUACGCACAAGAUUCAUCCUCUAAUUGAUGAAUUUAUUCCCACUCUUGAGGGGGAGAAUGGAAUUUGCUACACUCACCCUGAGAAGUUACCAGGAGUGAGCAAGGAUGGUCAAAUUCGCCACUUCUUUCACCGGCCUUCAAAGGCCUACACAACCGGGACUCGAAAACGAAGAAAGGUGCACACAGAUGAUGAUGGUGGUGAAACAAGAUGGCACAAAACAGGCAAGACUAGACCAAUUAUAAUAUCAGGAGCUGUGAAAGGGUAUAAAAAGAUAUUAGUCCUCUACACAAACUAUGGUAGGCAAAGGAAGCCAGAGAAGACUAAUUGGGUAAUGCAUCAAUACCACCUUGGUCAUAAUGAGGAGGAAAAAGAUGGAGAACUAGUUGUUUCAAAAGUGUUUUUCCAAACACAGCCUAGACAGUGUGGUUCAAGUGGAAAAGAGUCCGUUGAUAAAAACUCUAAGUCUCUAACCAAGGAUGAUAAUCCUAUGAUGAAGAACACAAGCUUUGUUGAGUAUUAUAAUCCUUUUAUCUCUUACAAUAUUGGGAGCCACAAUAGAGAUAGCACACCCCACAUGAUUCCCAAUUUGGUUGUCCAUGGUGAUGAUUCAUCCUUUAUUCAUCUACCUACCAGUGCAAGCAAAGGAAACUGAGAAAAUUCCUAUGGAGAAAAUGUUUCUAUAUAUUUAGUGUGACAAUGAUAGUGAUAUAGUUAGCGGUGUUUAUUGCUAGUUGUUUCAAGAUUCAGAUCCCUUCUAGCUCAUUUUUAUUGAUUAGCCAUCGUAUAUUUGUGGGGACACACUUGUAUACAAGAAUCCCACUUAAUAACGAAGGGUGAUCGACCAUUGGUAGAAGUUACGGGAAUGUGUAUUAGAAGGAAUCGAAAUUCGUUAUUUUAUAGUGAAAUAAGUUAAGAUGAAGAUGUUAUUGAGGCUGCCAAGGGAAUAAAAAGGUGGGUUUCUUUCAAGUAUAGAAUCAUGUUCUUAGUAAUUGGGUGGAGAAAAGCGACCAUAACGAUGUUAUUGUAGGAUUUUUUCAGCUGAUAUAAUAGGAGGGAUGUACUACAUUAUUUUUACAUAUAUUGUGGAAAAGCUUUAUGUGUUGAUUGUAAAAAUGUACAAAGAUAAUGUCUUGCAAACUUCUCUAGGUAAUUUGGUACCUUUAGUUUCAACAUUGUGAUCAUGA